AUGGGUUGUCGACUCAACUCUGGCAGCUGUCACCUGGUGGAGCGGAAAAACGGCGACUUUGUGGCUCUCUGGCGACUGUCACCUGACGGAGAGGAGCUGGAUGGAGGUGGGGCGCGUGUUAGGGAGCUUCAUCCUCAGGUCCGCGCAACAAGAGGAGUGAUAAGUCUUCAUUAUCAUGAGUUAAUAAUUAGUAAAUAAUAUAGUUUUAGCCUUAACUCGUGAUAAAUAGAUUUAUAUUUGUGUUAAAGUGUGAAAAGUGGUUUUCAGUUGAUUAAUGUGAAUUUUUGGGUAAUUAUGUGAUUUUUACAGUCUUACUUUUGAGAUAAAUGAAGAAAAAGAAAUAAAACUAAAAUAUUGCAAAAUGAGGGGACCCGCUGGCCAGCCAGGCCCGCAAGCGGGUCGGAAGCUCAGUCAAGGAGUAGCCGCGAGCAGGGGCUCGAGCGGCUUGGAUCGAUAGGGGCACGUGUGCGCCACUCCCCUUCCACGUCACCAGUGGCCAGCCGGUUGUGGGGCAAAGAGUGGUCGUACACGCGAGAGAAGGAACUUUGCUUAGAAAGCUAACAUUACUAUAUAUUCGCCCGAAAAAUCGGCGCACAACCGAUGUGGGACUAAACCCGCGUCACACCUUCCUCAGAAGGGGGCGGACAACCGGCGCGGGUUCGAAUCCUCCUAGAGUCAAAAUUCAUAUAUUUUUAUCUGAUUAUCACACUUUCCUUCAGAUCGCCGGUGAAGGAUUAAGCAACGAGAAUUGCUGGAUCAUCGGCAAAAAUCUCGUCAACGCGAUUCGCGGAGCAUUGCUACUAAAAUUGCUGAACGAUUCGCGAUAAAAGGAUCGUGAAUCCAUCGAGUAAAUCAUCUCCAAUUGAUCGACAAACAAGCCGUCGUCGGGAAGAGGACGAUCCGCCGGGAGACGAGUCGCCACCUCCUGAGAGCAUACCAAAUGCAAUGAAGAGCCUCCUCUUGCUGCGCUGACCUGAGGAUGAAGCUCCCUGACACGCGCCCCACCUUCAUCCAGCUCUUCUCCGUCGGGUGACAGCCGCCGGAGAGCCACAAAGUCGCCGUUUUUCCGCUCCGCCGGGUGAUAGCCGCCGGAGACAACUCGACGACCCAUUCCAUUGAUCUCUAGACUUUGAAAGGAGAUCUAGAGAUUGCCCACGUCGUCUUUGUCCAAGGAGAGCCUUCGAGGCCAUGGACACUGCACGACGAUCCUCCCGAAUGCUCAGGAUUCCGGUGCAUCGCCGACGCAUCGCCGUCGCGACGCCGAAACUAUAUUUUCCUGCUUUCAAUUUACUUUACGCUUCAUUUAGUGAUAAUUUUUGUGAUUUUAAUUUACCAAAAUAUACUUCGUUCUAUUAUGAUUCUUCUGGCUUUUACAGAUCUUAAUUUGAUUAAUUAAAUCGUCUGUAAUUACUUACGUAAGAAUCACCGGGCGGAACUCUGUUUCCGCCCGAUUCGCGUUCGCCAGGCGCUGACGUCAUCCUGACGUCCGCACUCUUAUUUCCUUUUUUUCGUGAAUUUUAAAUAUAUUUCCUUUUCAUUUAUUAGUAUAAAAUUCAUAUAAAAUAGUAUUCUCUGAGAAAAAUUCUGAAUAAUUACCAGAUAUUAUAUUACAUCCUUGUGAUCGACCUGGAAAAUUACUGCUAUUUUUGGAAGUUUUAUUGAAUUAUAAUUGAUAUAUUUGUUCAGAAAUACUUCUAAAUAUCCGAAAAUUCGUAUUUUCUAGUUUUAUAAAUUUUAGAUUUGCGUGAUUUAAUAUACAACGACUAAGUCACAUCAAGGAGGUUCUUCAUCACAUCUGGUACGCUCUCAAGAGGUGGCGACUCGUCUCCUAGCGGAUCGUCCUCUUCCCGACGACGACUUGUUCGUCGAUCAAUCGAAGAUGAUUUACUCGAUGGAUUCGCGAUCCUUUUAUCGCGAAUCGUUCAGCAAUUUUAGUAGCAAUGCUCCCCGAAUCGUGUUAACGAGAUUUUUGCCAAUGAUCCAACGAUUCUGGUUGCUUAAUCCUUCACCGGUGAUUUGCAGGAAAGUCGCGAUAAUCAGAUAAAAAUAUGAGUUUUGGCUCUGAGAGGAUUCGAACCCGUGCCGGUUGCCCCCGCCUCUUCUGAGGAAGGUGACGGGUUUAGUCCCACAUCGGUUGUGCGCCGAAUUUUCGGGCGAAUAUAUAGUAAUGUUACAUUUCUAAGCAAAGUCCCUUUCUCGUGCAUGUACGACUACUCCUUGCCCCACAGCCAACUGGCCACCGGUGACGUGGAAGGGGAGUGGCGCACACGUGCCCUCAUCAGUUCAAGCCGCUCGAGCCCCUGCUCGCGGCUACUCCCUGACUGCGCUUCCGACCCGCUUGCGGGACUGGCUGGCCGGCGGGUCCCCCCAUUUUGCAAUAUUUUUAUUUUUAUUUCUUGUUCUUCUUUUAUCUUAAAAGUAAAACUGUAAAAAUCGUAUAAAAUCACAUUAUUACCCAAAAAUUCACGUUAAUCAACUGAAAACCACUUUUCACACUUUAACACAAAUAUAAGUCUAUUUAUCAUGAGUUAAGGCUAAAACUAUAUUAUUUACUAAUUAUUAACUCAUGAUAAUGAAGACUUAUCAACCCGCCAGCCAGCCAGGCCUGCAAGUAGGUUGGAAGUGCAGUUGGCGAGUAGCCGCAAGCAGGGGCACGAGCGGCUUGGACCGAUAGGGGCAUGUGUGCGCCGCUCCCCUUCCACGUCACUGGUGGCCAGCCAACUGUGAGGCAAGGAGUGGUCGUACAUGCACGAGAAAGGGACUUGCUUAGAAAUGUAACAUUACUAUAUAUUCACCUGAAAAUUCGACGCACAAGUGAUGUGGGACUAAACCCGUGUCACCUUCCCUAGAAGGGGCGGCAACCAGCGCGGGUUUGAUUCUUCCUAGAGCCAAAAUUAAUAUUUUUUAUCUGAUUAUCGCGACUUUCCUGUAGAUCACCGGUGAAGGAUUAAGCAACCAAAAUUAUUGGAUCAUUGGCGAAAAUCUCGUCAAUGCAAUUCACGGAGCAUUGUUACUAAAAUUGCUGAACGAUUCACGAUAAAAGGAUCGUGAAUCCAUCGAGUAAAGCAUCUCCGAUUGAUCAACGAACAACCCGUUGUCAAGAAGAGGACAAUCCACUAGGAGACGAGUCACCACCUCCUAAGAGUGUACCGGAUGCGAUGAAGAGCAUCCUCUUGCUGCGCAGACCUGAGGAUGAAGCUCCCUGACAUGCACCCCACCUCCAUCCAGCUCCUCGCCGUCGGGUGACAGCCAUCCGAGAGCCACAAAGUCACCAUUUUUCCGCUCCGCCGGGUGACAGCCGCCGGAGACGAUUCAACGACCCAUUUCAUUGAUCUCUAGACUUCGCAAGGAGUUCUAGAGAUUGUCCACAUCGUCUUUGUCCAAGGAGAGCCUUCGAGGCUGUGGACACUGCACGACGAUCCUCUCGAAUGCUCAGGAUUCCGGUGCAUCACCACCGCGACGCCGGAACUCUAUUUUCCUGCUUUCAACUUAAUUUUCAUUUCAUUUAGUGAUAAUUUGUUGAUUUUAAAUUUACCAAGAUAUACUUCAUUUCAUUACGAUUCUUCUGGCUUUUACAGAUCUUAAUUUGAUCAAUUAAAUUAUCUGUAAUCGCUUACAUAAGAAUCACCAGGCAGAACUCUAUUUACGCCCGAUUCGUGUUCGCCAGGCGCUGACAUCAUCCUGAUGUCCGCACCCUUAUUUCCUUUUUCUGUGAAUUUUAAAUAUUUUCCUUUUCAUUUCCUAGUAUACAAUUCAUAGAAAAUAUUAUUCUUUGCAGAAAAUUCUGAAUAAUUACUAGAUGUUAUAUUACAUCCCUGUGAUCGACCUAAAAAAUUAUUGCUAUUUUUGGAAGUUUUAUUAAAUUAAAAUUGAUAUAUUUGUUCAGAAACACUUUUAAAUAUCCAAAAAAAAUUAUUUUCUAGUUCUAUAAAUUUUAGAUUUACGUGAUUUAAUAUACAACGACUAAGUCACGUCAGUAUCCAAUAGAGAAAUUAAACAUAUCCUAGAAAAGAUAGUACGACUAGAUAAGAGAGUCUGAUGUGCAUGCUUAAAUGAUGCUCUUUGAGCAUAUAAGACUGCCUAUAAGACACCUCUAAAUAUGUCCCCAUUUAGGCUAGUAUUUGAGAAAUCACGUCAUCUCUUGAUUGAAUUAGAACAUAAGGCAUAUUGAGCUAUCUAAAAAUUAAACUUAGAUUUAGUUCAAGCAGGUCAAAAUAGGAUAUUACAAUUAGAAGAGCUAGAUGAACUCCGAAAUGAGGCAAAUGAAAAUUCGAAGAUUUCUAAAGCCAAAACUAAGGCAUUUCAUGAUCGACACACACAUCAUCAAUAGUUCUCUUUGAAUUAGAGAAUUUGGCUUUACAACUCUAGGAUUUGCCUCUUUUCUGAAAAAUUAAAAUCUAGGUGGGAUGGACCAUAUAAUAUAAUCAAUAUAGAAGAACAUGGUUCAUUGAAGAUCCUAAGUCAAGCCAAACUUUCAAGAUUAAUGCCGAAAUACUUAGACCUUACUUUGAGCAUGAACUUAAACCAAAAAGAGAAUCUAUUUCUCUACAAUGAUUUUGACAAACAAAAUCUGUCUAGCAAAUGACAUUAACUUUAGCACUUACUGAGAGGCAACUCAGGCCAUAUUUGGUUUCUUUUGUUCUAUUCUAUUCUUGUUUUGCAUAUUCUAGUAGCUAACUGUUAGUUAAUGCAGAACUUCUUUUUAGCCAGAACUCAAUUUCAACAAGUUUAUAAUUAUUGCUGUGACAAUCUUCAUAUAAUCGUCGAUAGUAAUCUCUCUUAUACCCCUCCAUACUUUUGUUUUAGUAUUAGCAUAUUUUAUACCAUUGAGGACAAUGUUGUCCUAAGUUGAGGGGUGAUAAUUUCAAAAUGUUGCAUAUAUUUGAUACCAUUGAUUUCAGAAUGUUGCACUCAUUUCAAAAAUAUUGCACACAUGUUUGCAAACUCACAGAGAAUUUCAGAAUGCAUAUUUUUCAUUUUGACUAUAUGACUGUGCCAAAUUGAGGUAGUAGAAAUGAUUUUGGACCUAAACAUGUUAAGAUAGUCAGCUAGAUUAGUACCAAGAAGAGAGAUUGUUCAUAUCAAAAUACUCUCAAGGUACAUAGUAAGUUGCAUGGAGUAGAUCUUAUAGAAUUACAUUUCAAGUCUUGACUUUCAUGAUCUUCUUACUAUGAGAGAAUCUUGUAGAAAACUUAGUUUGACUAAAGUCAUAGAAACUCAAUCAAUGAAAUUGUGAGGAGAAGAAUCUUAAACCUUAGUACAUUCUUGAUAGAUCAUCUUACACAGCAAAGUGAAAGGCCUAAAUAAAACACAAAUACAGAAUUUUCCACUUGUCCUAUGGAGGCUAUCCACAUGCAUGUUUAGGACAAGUUCAAUAAGAUGCCAAUUUGCUAUAGGGGUUUCCUGCUCGUCCCAUGGAGGCUUUUCACAUGCACGUUUUCAACAUGUAAAGCACAAAUUGGGAAAACCUACCUGCAAGUGAAAAAAAAUGAAAAAUAAAAAAUAGAAAAAUCACAAAUUUCUAUUAGAAUGAUGGUGUAAUAAAUAAGAGGUGAGAUGGAAUCUUCAAAUCAUAUGCUCAAAGAUUGUAAUUAUAUGAUAGAAGUUACUCUAAGGAUGUAGAUGAGCUUUCAAUCUUGUAAGAGACAAUGUUAGUAGAGGAAGAAAUUUUAGUUUUGUAAGUGAAAUGAAAUGGAACCUAUGCUAGUAUCUCAAGGAGUAUUCAAAUACAGAAAUCUCAAUUCAACUACAAAAUCUAGCAAAGAAAUUGACAACAUGGGAACGUCCAUCAUUUUGAACAUCAAUUUUUGCCAUCAUUAGAUAUUUAUCAGUUGGCAACAGUCAUGAAAACAUGACAUAUUGUUAAGCUCAAAAUUAAUUCUAAAGAUCAUUACUAAAGAACUAGUAAUGAGGUAAGUUGAGGGGUGUGAUAAAACCUCAAUAUUAUAUGAUAUGAUAUGCAUAUUUGAUAUGACUACACUUUAAAUGUCUUAAUGAAAACAUACAUUCGAUGUAAGCAUGUUGUUUAUGUGAAUUUAUAUUGUUUACUAAAUUACAUAUAAAAAUAUCAAAUUUUAUAUAUUUUAUGAUAUGCAUACUCUAUUGAAUCAAAAGAUUUUUUUAGGCAAUACUGGAUAUUCUAAUAGAUGGAAAAAUUAUAUUUACAUGUAGGGAAAUUAAAAGAAGGGUAGUUGACAUGACUCAGUCAUUGUAUAGUAAAUCACGCAAAUUUAAAAUUUAUAAUACUAGAAAAUACAAAUUUUUGGAUAUUUAGAAGUAUUUCUGAACAAAUAUAUCAAGUAUAAUUCAAUAAAACUUCAAAAAAUAGUGAUAAUUUUCCAAGUCAAUCAUAGGGAUGUAAUAUAAUAUUUGGUAAUUAUUCAAAAAAAUUCUCAAAGAAUACUAUUUUCAAUGAAUUUUAUACUAAGAAAUGAAAGGAAAUAUAUUUAAAAUUCACGAAAAAAGAAAAUAAGGGUGUGGACGUCAAGAUGACAUUAGUGACUGGCGAACGCGAAUCGGAUGGAAACAGAGUUCCGCCCGACGAUUCUUACGUAAUUAAUUACAGACGAUUCAAUUGAUCAAAUUAAGAUCUGUAAAAGCCGGAAGAAUCAUAAUGUAAUGAAGUAUAUCUUGAUAAAUUUCUGACGUGACUCAGUCGUUGUAUAUAAAAUCACGCAAAUAUAAAAUUUAGAAAACUAGAAAAUACGAAUUUUUGGAUAUUUAGAAGUAUUUCUAAAUAAAUAUAUCAAUUAUAAUUCAAUAAAAAUUCCAAAAAUAGCGGUAAUUUUCCAGGUCGAUCACAGGGAUGUAAUAUAAUACCUAGUAAUUAUUCGGAAUUUUUCUCAAUGAAUACGAUUUUCUAUGAAUUUUAUACUAGGAAAUAAAAAGGAAAUAUAUUUAAAAUUCACGAAAAAGGGAAAUAAGGGUGCGGGCGUCAGGAUGACGUCAGCACUCGGCGAACGCGAAUUGGGUGGAAACAGAGUUCCGCCCGGUGAUUCUUACGUAAGCGAUUUCAGACGAGUUAAUUAAUCAAAUUAAGAUCUGUAAAAGCCGGAAGAAUCGUAAUAGAACAAAGUAUAUUUUGGUAAAUUAAAAUCACAAAAACUAUCACUAAAUGAAGCGUAAAGUAAGUUGAAAGCAGGAAAACAGAGUUCCGGCGUUGCGACGGCGAUGCGUCGGCGAUGCACCGGAAUCCUGAGCGUUCGGGAGGAUCGUUGUGUAGUGUCCACGGCCUCGAAGGCUCUCCUUGGACAAAGACGACGUGGGCAAUCUCUAGAUCUUCUCGCAAAGUCUAAAGAUCAAUGAAAUGGGUCGCUGAGUCGUCUCCGGUGGCUGUCACCCAGCGGAGCGGAAAAACGGUGACUUUGCGGCUCUCCGGCGGCUGUCACCCGACGGAGAGGAGCUGGAUGGAGGUGGGGCGCAUGUCAAGGAGCUUCAUCCUCAGGUCCGCGUAGCAAGAGGAGGCUCUUCAUCGCAUCUGGUACGCUCUCAGGAGGUGGCGACUCGUCUCCCGGCGGAUCGUCCUCUUCCCGACGACGACUUGUUCGUCGAUCAAUCGGAGAUGAUUUACUCGAUGGAUUCGCGAUCCUUUUAUCGCGAAUCGUUCAGCAAUUUUAGUAGCAAUGCUCCGCGAAUCGCGUUGACGAGAUUUUCGCCGAUGAUCUAGCGAUUCUGGUUGCUUAAUCCUUCACCGGCGAUCUGCAGGAAAGUCACGAUAAUGAGAUAAAAAUAUAUGAAUUUUGACUCUGGGAGGAUUCGAACCCGCGCUGGUUGUCCGCCCCUUCUGAGGAAGGUGUGACGCGGGUUUAAUCCCACAUCGGUUGUGCGCCGAUUUUUCAGGCGAAUAAAUAGUAAUGUUAGCUUUUUAAGCAAAGUCCCUUCUCUCGCGUGUACGACCACUCCUUGCCCCACAGCCGGCUGGCCACCGGUGACGUGGAAGGGGAGUGGCGCACACGUGCCCCUAUCGGUCCAAGCCGCUCGAGCCCCUGCUCGCGGCUACUCCCCGACUGAGCUUCCGUCCCGCUUGCGGGCCCGGCUGGCCGGCGGGUUCCCCCCAUUUUGCAAUAUUUUAGUUUUAUUUCUUUUUCUUCAUUUAUCUCAAAAGUAAGACUGUAAAAAUCAUAUAAAUUCGUAUAAAAUCACAUAAUUACCCAAAAAAUCACAUUAAUCAACUAAAAACCACUUUUCACACUUUAACACAAAUAUAAGUCUAUUUAUCACGAGUUAAGGCUAAAACUAUAUUAUUUACUUAUUAUUAACUCAUGAUAAUGAAGACUUAUCACACCCCCACUCUUAAAUCAUUGCUAGUCCCUUAGCAAUAGAAUUACAAAAAUAAAAAUUUACGAAUCUCAAACAUCAUAUUUCAAUACAGAAAGAAAAAAAUACAAUUAGAAAUGAUGCACCUUUAGACACUUUGGAUUCUUAUAUCAAGUAUUUAGGAAUGAUGUCAAGCACUUAAAUGUUUAAACACUCCUUGGAAUAACAAUCUAGACUUCACUUCUUCUAUUCACAUCUUUAUCACUUCUUCACUCAUAGAUGUAUUUACAAGAUGUUCCAAUUAUCAAUACUCAUCCAAGAAUAAUAUUGAUCCUACAUUUACCUUUUUCUAUGGCUUGAUUUUUGAAGUUUGCACUAUAUUUCUUCUUUCUUUAUAUAUAGUGGAUAAGUAGCUUUUCCUGUAGAUAAAUUUCGACAAUAAGAAUGAUGUCUCACACCCUCCAUGUGUACUCUUCAUUUUCAAGGCUUUCACUUUAUCCACUUAUUUUGCAGCAAGUGUUUUUCUAUACACGAUUUUCGACAAUGAGAAUGAUGUCUCACACCCUCCAUGUGUACUCUUCGUUUCUAGAUUUUUCACAUUGCUCUCUUUUUUUUUUUCUUUUUUUUUUUCGAAAUAAGUGAUUUCUCCUCACAAGUCCUAUAGAUCAGGGUGCAAAAAUCUCCAUUAAACUCAAAUGAUCAAUCAAAUUUUCACAUCAAGUAAAUAUUAUCCAUCAAGAUCAUGAAGUGAAUAUCUGUAAAAUCAAAUCCGUGUUAUCUAUCAUGUAUCCAAGGAGUAUUCUAACAUUUCAUGCUACUAGAUCAUUCUUUUGACUCAAUAAUAAUCUUCCUAGUAUCUUUUGGUAUCAAUCAAUCUAAUUGAUUUAAUUUUUCAUGCAUGCAAUAUGAUGUAAGAGAUUUGUAAAUUAGAUAGUUCUGACAGUUCUAUUUUCUGUUUUCAGUUCUAUUUUAGCAGCAAUAAAUUUGUCAAAAAUAAAUCAAAACUAUCUUCGUUAUAACUGUAAUUUCGAAUUUCAGUAAUAUAUGUCUAGGGGAUUGAAAUGUGAGAAAAGGGUCUCUAUAAUUUCCAAUUUCGGGUUAUUUUUUCGUCUGCUGUUUUUGACAGUCUGUUGUUCUUGAUAGAAAACCAGAAAAUAGAUGUUGCAGUUUUUUCGAAUUCGGCGAUCUUUUUUUAUUUUUUAUUUUUUUAGUUGCUGUUCUAAGUUGAAUAAAAUGCAAACACAUUUUCUUAAUCGUCCUACAGCAUAAAUUAAUAAUGAAUACUUCACCCCCCAACUUAAAAAUGACAUUGUCCUCAAUGACACAGAAAAAUCGAAACAGAAUAUGCAGAAAAUAUAAUUUUCAAGUGAAGCAUGCAUAUAUGCAAAGUUUAGCAUUAAAAAUGUUGUCAUAAAUGAUAAAGCUCCGAAAGAUAUCACCUCAACCUCGUUUUUAAUUUUCCACUUCGUCUUACACGCCUCCUCCUGCACUCUUUCGAAAAAACAAAUACAGAAACAAGUAUUGCAAAAUUCUAAGAAAAAUAGAGCUUAAAAAAAAUCAAACAAAAUGAAAUAAAAACCAUGGGUUGCCUCCCAUGCAGCGCUGAAUUUAAUGUCUCCAGCUGGACUGCUUGAUCUUACUCUUGAAUUUCUUUUAAUAAUAAAAUUUCUUUUUCUGCAAGGCGUUCAUGUUCUAUGUAAUGUUUAAGCCGCUGUCCAUUUACCUUAAAGUUAUGAUCACUUUUAGGAUCUUUAAUCAUUACAGCCCCAUGAUCAUAUGUCUCUUCCACCACAUAAGGCCCUUUCCAUUUUGAUUUUAAUUUUCUUGGGAAUAAUUUCAGCCUAGAAUCAUAUAACCACACUUUUUGUCCAACAUCAAAUUUUUUUCUGCUAAUGUAUUUAUCAUGAAAAGUUUUAGUUUUUUCUUUAUAUAUUAUAUGAUUUUCAUAAGCUUCAUUCCUCAACUCCUCUAGUUCAUGUAACUGAAAAAUUCUAUGCCCACCAGCUGAUUUUUCAUUCAUACAUAAAUUUUUUAUAGCCCAUAAUGCUUUAUGCUCUAUUUCCAUAGGAAGAUGACAUGGCUUUCCAAAAAUGAGACGAAAUGGAGACAUACCUAUGGGAUUUUUAUAAGCUGUUCUAUAAGCCCAUAAUGCAUCUUGUAAUUUCGUGGGCCAAUCUUUCCUAUCUGGUCUAACUAUUUUUCUCAAAAUUCUCUGAAUUUCCCUAUUUGCUACUUCAGCUUGCCCAUUUGUUUGGGGAUGAUAUGGAGUGGCUACUCUAUGGUGUACUCCAUUCUUUUUCAACAGUUCUCUGAAAUUUUUAUUUGUAAAAUGUGUUCCUCCAUCACUAAUAAUCACUCUAGGACAUCCAAAUCUCGAAAAAAUAUUUUCCUGCACAAAUUUCAUCACGAUUUUAUGAUCAUUAGUUCUAGUAGGAAUAGCUUCCACCCACUUCGACACAUAAUCAACAGCAAGCAAAAUAUAUUCAUAUUUUUCAGCUGAUGGGAAGGGACCCAUGAAAUCUAUUCUCCAUACAUCAAAAAUUUCGACUACUAACAUGUUACUCAUGGGCAUUUCAUCUUUUUUACUCAUGUUACCUAUAGAUUGGCAUGAAAUAUCUGUUCUACUAAAUUCUAUAGAAUCUCUAAUGAUUGUAGGCCAAUAAAAACCACAUUGAAAAAUUUUUGCAGCUGUUUUUCGUCCAAAGAAGUGUCCUCCACAGUUAGAUGAAUGGCACAUGUUAAUAAUGCUAUGGUAUUCUUCUUCAGGAACACAUCUCCUUAAAAUUUGAUCAUUGCCCAAGUAAUAUAAAUCAAGAUCAUGCCAAAAAUAAUUUCUAAUCUUAGAAAAGAAAUGAUGUUUUCUAUUCUUAUCCCACUGUUCUAGAGUUUUUCCAGAAACCAGAAAAUUAACAAUAUGUGCAUACCAUGGUGAUGGUUGAUGUUGAGCUGCCAUCAAUUGUUCAUCUGGAAAUGCGUCUUGUAAAGGUGCUGCAUUUAUUCCUGUGUCACUUAAUCUAGAAAGAUGGUCAGCAACAGCAUUCUCGAAACCUUUUUUAUCUUUUAUUUCUAAGUCAAAUUCCUGCAACAAUAAAAUCCAUCUUAAUAAACGUGGCUUUGCAUCUUUCUUAUUUAACAGAUAUUUUAAUGCUGCAUGAUCAGUAUAAAUAAUAAUUUUAGCUCCCAAAAUAUAUGAUCUAAACCUUUCUAACAAAAAUACUACAACUAACAACUCUUUUUCAGUCGUGGUAUAAUUUAAUUGAGCAUCGGAUAUAGUUUUACUAGCAUAUGAAAUUACUAUGGGUUUUGACUCUUUUGUUUGUCCUAGAACGGCCCCCACUGCAUAAUUCGAUGCAUCACACAUUAUUUCAAAGGGAAGGGACCAAUCAAGAGCUUGUAAAAUGGGUGCCUCAGUAAGUAAUCUUUUUAUUUCGGAAAAAGACUCAAAACAUUUCUCAUCAAAAUUAAAAGGCACAUAUUUAGAUAAUAGCAUGGUGAGAGGUUUAGAAAUCUUCAAAAAAUCUUGAAUAAAUUUUCUGUAAUAACCUGCAUGACCCAAGAAAGAUCUAAUCUGUUUUACUGAAUUUGGAGGUUUCAUUUUAGAUAUAAUAUCAAUUUUUGCUCUAUCCACCUCUAAACCCCUUUUACUCACAAUAUGACCCAACACAACUCCUUCUUUAACCAUAAAAUGUGAUUUCUCCCAACUCAAAACUAAUUUUUUCUCUAUGCAUUUCUCAAGUACAUGCUGUAAAUGAUUUAAGCAUUCAUCAAAUGAUUCACCAAAAAUAGAAAAAUCGUCCAUAAAAAUUUCCAUGCAUUUUCCAAUCAUAUCAGAAAAAAUAGACAGCAUACAUCUUUGAAAUGUGGCUGGAGCAUUACACAGACCAAAAGGCAUGCGUUUAAAAGCAAAAGUACCAAAUGGACAAGUGAAAGUUAUUUUUUCUUGAUCUAAAGGGUUUAUAUAAAUUUGAUUAUAACCAGAGUAUCCAUCUAGAAAACAAAAAAAGUUUUUUCCAGCUAAUUUUUCUAGAAUUUGAUCAGUAAAUGGUAGGGGAAAAUGAUCUUUUCUAGUAACUGAAUUUAAUUUUCUAUAAUCAAUGCAAACCCUCCAACCGGUAGUUAAUCUUGUUUGUAUUUCAUCCCCAUUUUCGUUUUUUAUAACCAUGAUCCCUGAUUUUUUUGGCACUACUUGUGUAGGACUAACCCAUUUGCUAUCUAAAAUAGGAUAAAUAAUAUCAGCAGCCAGCCACUUUAAAAUUUCUUUUUUUACAAUUUCCAUCAUGUUAGGAUUUAAUCUUCGUUGUGGUUCCCUGCUAGUUCUGGCCCCCUCCUCUAGAUAUAUACUAUGCAUGCAUACACUCAUAUCAAUGCCCCUUAGAUCGUUCAUUUUCCAGCCCAUAGCCUUCUUAUUUUUUCGAAGUACAUCUAAUAAUUCUUCUUCCUGUUCAUCACUCAAAUCAGCUGCAAUAAUAACAAGAAAUGAAUUAUUUUCCUCCAAAAACAUAUAUUUUAAACUAGAGGGAAGAGGUUUCAACUCUAAAUUCAGAUGAUCUUCCUCUUUCUUUUCUCCCAAAUUUAUAUUCUCUAUUUCCUCUAAUUCUUCCAGCACACAGUCAUCAAUAACAUCUGGAUCAUCAAAAUCAUCUAGAAGAUCUAUGGUAUGACAAUCAUAUACUUGUGAUUUCUUAAGAUCAUUUGGUACCUCAAAAAUUUUAAUUUCUACUGAUUGAUCUCCACAUGAAAUUUUCGCAAUACCUGUGGGAAAAUCAAUAUUCAUCUUUGCUGUAUGCAAAAAUGGUCUCCCUAGGAUGAUUGGCAUAUCAUAAAACUGUCCAUUAAAAUCCAUUUCUAGCACUACAAAAUCAGCUGGAAAUUUACAUCCUUUAACUGUCACUAUCACAUUUUCUAAAAUACUUUUAGGAUGUUUUAUGGAUCUAUCAGCAAAUUGUAAGGUAACAGUAGAAGGUUUAAGAUUAGAAAUAUUAAAUUUAUCACAAAUACUUGUAGGUAAUAAAUUAAUACUAGCACCGGUGUCAAGUAAGGCAUUCUGAAAAAUGAAUCCACCAAUAUCACACGAAAUUAAAGGGGCACCUGUAUCUCUCAAUUUAUAUGGUAAUUGAUUUAAUAAUAAUGCAUUAGCAUGCAUAGAUAAUUUUUCUACUCUAGGUGCCCUUUUUGGUGUACACAUUUCUUUCAAAACUCUAGCAUAUUCAGGAAUAUGUUCAAUGGCAGUGAGUAAAGGAAGACUAAUUUGCACAUCUUGUAAAAUUUUCUUUAUUUCUUCAUUGUGUUCCUUUUUCUUUCUUUGUCUAGGCUCUAGAGCUUUAGGAAAUGGAAUGGUUGUCCUCUCUUCCGAAAUUUCCUGGGUAGAAUCUAUAAAAUCCUCUUCUACUCCUAUUUGAUUUUGUUUUGGUUUGUCCACGUUUUCUUUUUCUUCUAGUGUUUGGGGAUAAGGAUCAGGUAAGAUCUUACCACUCCUUAAUGCAUUCACUGUCCUAACAUUUUCAUUUCGUGGGUUUUUUCCUAGAUUCAUGCUACUAGACUCCUCUUGCUCAAAUCCUAUUGUUGGGUGGUUCCCUGGAUUUUCUAUGGGCUGACUAGGUAGCUGUCCCUCUUCUCUCUUAUUCCCAAGAGCCUCUAUAAUUUGUUUCUGGUGCAGCAUCAUUUGAUUCAUAGUUUGUUGCAUCAUUUGGCUCAUUUGCUGCAUCAUUUCCAUAGCAUCAGGUUGAAUUUGAGAGGGCUGAUUUUUCUGAAAUCUGUUUUCUUGUUUUGGUCGAAAUUUAGAGUUUGAAUUGGGUCUAAGUGCUUCUGGAUUUUGAAUAUUAUUUGGGUCUCUCCAUGAAAAAUUAUUCCUCCAAUUAGGAUUAUAAGAAUUUGAAAAAGGUUCCCUGUUUCUAUUAAAACCGUGAGCUACUUGCACUUGUUCUUGCAUAGGGUGAAAUGAUUGAUCUAAAUUAUAACAUUAAAAUUCAGAAUAAUCAUUUUCACCAUACAUAGGACCUGCACUAUUCGAAUUAAGUUGAGGGUUAAAAGGCUUUCUAAUAUUGUCAAUAAGUAAAUCAAUUUUUUCUAAUCUUUGAUUAAUCUGAUUAGCCUCAUUUCUAAGUUUAGAAUCAUCAUCAUGAUGCAAUUCAUAAAUUUCUCUCUUCUUAUCCUUGUCAUAUAAUUCAAAAGAGGCUUGAUCUCUAGAAUUUUCACUUAAAUUCUCAUAAAGACUAUAAAUCUCAUCAGGAGUUUUCUCCAUAAAAGCUCCUCCACAUAUAGAAUCAACCUUAUUUCUAUGUUGUUUUAAUAAUCCAUCAUAAAAAUUCUAUUGAGUUGCCACUUGGGUAUAGCAUAAUGAGGACACUUUCUAAGUAAAUCUUUGAAUUUUUCCCAUGUCUCAUGCAAAGUUUCUCCUAGUCUUUGAGAAAAACUCCAUAUAUGUUUUCUCAUAUUUUGAGUUUUUCCUAAGGGAUAAAAUUUUCGAAGAAAGGCCUGUUCUAUAUCUUUCCAGCUAGUUAAUUCUCUAUCUAAUGUGGAUAGCCAAUGACUAGCUUUGUCCCUAAGUGUAUGAGGGAAUAAUUUCAUCUUAAUAAUUUCCAGUGUAACUUGAGGGAGAUUAACUAAAUCACAGACCAUAUGAAAUUUUUCUAAGUGCUGAUGAGGUUCCUCUAAAGGCAAUCCAUGAAAAUUAGGGAGCAUUUGAAAAAUUUCUAGAUUUAUUUUGAAUUUAACAGUGGGUGCUAAUGGGACUCUGAUAUUAGAUGCUCUUUGAAAUGAAUCAGGGAUAUAAUGAUUUUUCAUGGCCAUAGGAUUGUUCUCAGUUUGACCUGUACUUCCUUCAGGAUCCAUCAAAAUUAAUUUUUCUUUCAGAUUUUUAUUUUUGAAUGAAAUAAUGAAAGGAUUUUCUAGCCUUGGAUGCAAGGAUCUUCUACCAUGCAUAAAAAAUCAAUAAAUUCGAAGGAAAAAGUUAGUAACUGUUACCCUCCUUCAGGAUGCUCCAGUUCUUGCCAUGCUUCUUUUCGUUCCCUUUUUCUAAUAAAAAUCGGCAAAAAUAAAAUAAAACAAGAGUUAUUUUAUUUUUUUUGUGUACUCUAAGAGAAAAACAGAAAAAUACUAAAUAUUAUGCAAUACAUCCCCGACAACGGCGCCAAAAUUUGACGUGACUCAGUCGUUGUAUAUUAAAUCACGCAAAUAUAAAAUUUAUAAAACUAGAAAAUAUGAAUUUUUGGAUAUUUAGAAGUAUUUCUAAAUAAAUAUAUCAAUUAUAAUUCAAUAAAAAUUCCAAAAAUAGCGGUAAUUUUCCAGGUCGAUCACAGGGAUGUAAUAUAAUAUCUAGUAAUUAUUCAGAAUUUUUCUCAAUGAAUACGAUUUUCUAUGAAUUUUAUACUAGGAAAUAAAAAGGAAAUAUAUUUAAAAUUCACGAAAAAGGGAAAUAAGGGUGCGGGCGUCAAGAUGACGUCAGCACCCGGCGAACGCGAAUCGGGCAGAAACAGAGUUCCGCCCGGCGAUUCUUACGUAAGCGAUUACAGACGAUUUAAUUAAUCAAAUUAAGAUCUGUAAAAGCCGGAAGAAUCGUAAUAGAACAAAGUAUAUUUUGGUAAAUUAAAAUCACAAAAACUAUCACUAAAUGAAGCGUAAAGUAAGUUGAAAGCAGGAAAACAGAGUUCCGGCGUCGCGACGGCGAUGCGUCGGCGAUGCACCGGAAUCCUGAGCGUUCGGGAGGAUCGUUGUGCAGUGUCCACGGCCUCGAAGGCUCUCCUUGGACAAAGACGACGUGGGCAAUCUCUAGAUCUUCUCGCGAAGUCUAGAGAUCAAUGAAGUGGGUUGUCGAGUCGUCUCCGGCGGCUGUCACCCGGCGGAGCGGAAAAACGGCGACUUUGCGGCUCUCCGGCGGCUGUCACCCGACGGAGAGGAGCUGGAUGGAGGUGGGGCGCGUGUCAGGGAGCUUCAUCCUCAGGUCCGCGCAGCAAGAGGAGGCUCUUCAUCGCAUCUGGUACGCUCUCAGGAGGUGGCGACUCGUCUCCCGGCGGAUCGUCCUCUUCCCGACGACGGCUUGUUCGUCGAUCAAUCGGAGAUGAUUUACUCGAUGGAUUGCGAUCCUUUUAUCGCGAAUUGUUCAGCAAUUUUAGUAGCAAUGCUCCGCGAAUCGCGUUGACGAGAUUUUCGCCGAUGAUCCAGCGAUUCUGGUUGCUUAAUCCUUCACCGGCGAUCUGCAGGAAAGUUGCGAUAAUGAGAUAAAAAUAUAUGAAUUUUGACUCUGGGAGGAUUCGAACCCGCGCCGGUUGUCCGCCCCUUCUGAGGAAGGUGUGACGCGGGUUUAGUCCCACAUCGGUUGUGCGCCGAUUUUUCAGGCAAAUAUAUAGUAAUGUUAGCUUUUUAAGCAAAGUCCCUUCUCUCGCGUGUACGACCAUUCCUUGCCCCACAGCCAGCUGACCACUGGUGACGUGGAAGGGGAGUGGCGCACACGUGCCCCUAUCGGUCCAAGCCGCUCGAGCCCCUUCUAGCGGCUACUCCCCGACUGAGCUUCCGACCCGCUUGCGGGCCCGGCUGGCCGGCGGGUCUCCCCCAUUUUGCAAUAUUUUAGUUUUAUUUCUUUUUCUUCAUUUAUCUCAAAAGUAAGAAUGUAAAAAUCAUAUAAAUUCGUAUAAAAUCACAUAAUUACCCAAAAAAUCACAUUAAUCAACUGAAAACCACUUUUCACACUUUAACACAAAUAUAAGUCUAUUUAUCACGAGUUAAGACUAAAACUAUAUUAUUUACUUAUUAUUAACUCAUGAUAAUGAAGACUUAUCAAUUUCAAAUCAACAAAUUAUCACUAAAUAAAACAUAAAAUAAGUUGAAUGUAGGAAAAUAGAGUUUCGGCAUCGCGGCAACGAUGCGUCGGCAAUGCACCGGAAUCUUGAGCAUUUGGGAGGAUCGUCAUGUAGUGUCCACGGCCUUGAAGGCUCUCUUUGGAUAGAGACGACGUGGGCAAUCUCUAGAUCUCCUUGCGAAAUCUAGAGAUCAAUGAAAUGGGUCAUCAAAUCGUCUCCAACGGUUGUCACCUGGCGGAGCAGAAAAAUGACGACUUUGCGGCUCUUUGACGGCUGUCACCCGACGGAGAAGAGCUAGAUAGAGGUGGGGCGUGUGUUAGGGAGCUUCAUCCUUAGGUCUGUGCAGCAAGAGGAGGCUCUUCAUCGCAUCUAGUACGCUCUCAAGAGGUGGCAACUCGUCUCCUGGCAGAUCGUCCUCUUCCCAACGACGGCUUGUUCGUCGAUCAAUCGGAGAUGCUUUACUCGAUAGAUUCGCGAUCCUUUUAUCACGAAUCGUUCAAUAAUUUUAGUAGCAAUGCUCCGCGAAUCGCGUUGACGAGAUUUUCGCCGAUGAUCUAGCAAUUCUGGUUGCUUAAUCCUUCACCGGCGAUCUGCAAGAAAGUCGCGAUAAUUAGAUAAAAAAAAUAUGAGUUUUGGCUCUGGGAGGAUUCGAACCCACCCGCGCCGGUUGCCCAGCCCUUUCUAGGGAAGGUGACGUGGGUUUAGUCCCACAUCGAUUGUGCGCCGAAGUUUCUGGUGAAUAUAAAGUAAUAUUACAUUCCCGAUCAAGUCUCUUUCUUGUGCGUGUACAACCACUCCUUGCCCCACAACUGGAUGGCCACCGGUGACAUGGAAGGGGAGUGGCGCACACGUGCCCCCAUCGGUUCAAGCUGCUCGAGCCCCUACUUGCGGCUCCUGCCCAAUUGCGCUUCUGACCCGCUUGCAGGCCCGGCUGGCCGGCGGGUCCCCCCCCCAAUUCGUUAUUUUUAUUUUAAUUUCUUUUCCUUCAUUUAUCUUAAAAGUAAGACUGUAAAAAUCAUAUAAAAUCGUAUAAAAUCACAUAAUUACCCAAAAUUCACGUUACUCAACUGAAAAACUACUUUUCACACUUUAACACAAAUAUAAGUCUAUUUAUCAUGAGUUAAGGCUAAAACUAUAUUAUUUACUAAUUAUUAACUCAUAAUAAUGAAGACUUAUUAGUAGUUUAAAUUUUAAAUAGGUUAUUUGUAAUUUUUAAGUGUUUAAUGACUUGAACAACUGACCCAUUACAGCGAGCCCACUAUCAGGUCAUAUAUUAGUCCAUUCUAAUGGGGGGUAUUUAAAGAGAGAGAGGAGAGAGAAAAGGGGGAAAGCGUGCACGUCAAUAGAAAUUAGGGCUCAUAGAGAGAAGAUAGAGGAGGGCAACGAGCAAAAGGACGCGAAAUCACAACAAUGACAACCACGAUGAUGAUAAUAACGGCAACAUCAAUGAUGGCAGUGAGUCCCAUGACAGCAAUGGUGCUCAUGACAACAAUGGUAACAGUGCUGACGACAGCGAUAGUGGCUGCAAAAACUCCUAUUUUGUGUGACAGGCAAAGGAGGAGAUGAGCACAAUAGUAGUGGCACUCAUGAUGGUGACAACAACAGUGAUGGUGACAAUAAUAGUGAUUGCAAACUCUUAUUUGGCAUGAUAAGUAGAGGAGGAGACAAGCACAGCAGUAGCAGCGACAAUGACGACAAUACGCUCUCAAUAGCAACAACAAUAGCUAUACUCUCAAGCUUCGAAUUUAAUGUUUUAGUGUCUGCACGUGUUUAGUUCUAUAUUUCUUUUUCUUUACAAAUGCUACAAAUAGUGGAUCUUGUGAGAUUUUCAACACUCAUCGAAUUUCAACACACUUACUAUGUAUUUUCUGUAGUUGUCAAUACAAUCUAGGGUUCCCUCCCAAACAUAGGUUUAGUGCUCUACUAGCAGCUUUCACCUUUGUCAUUUUCCACAAACUUAUAAUAUGUCUUAUAUCAUUUUUCCUUUUGUUCCUCUGAUUUUGAGUUUGUGAAAGAUCUAGACAAGUUUAUAGGUUUACUUUCCUCUUUCAUAGCUUUUUGUCUUUUUAGUCUCACCCAAAUAUUUCAUAGAAAAUACUCAUGCAUCGCAUAAUACUAAGUUUUCUUUGUAGAUCAACCCAAAUCCACUAUACGUUAUAAAUAUUUGAAAGCAUAUUUUUUAGAGAUUUGAUUUUAAUAAAUUUUAAAAUUGAUUACUUCUUAAAAUAAUGACUAGAAUAAGACCAGGUUGGCACACUAUAAAAGUGUGCAGAUCUAUUAUUAGUUAGAAGAGAGAAAAUUAUGAAGUACUUAUUAGGACAACACUUGAACACAUGGUAAAUGUGACUUGGCAUGUGACAUGUGUUAAUAAUUGAAGAAUUAAGUAAUAUGUGACAACAAUCCUACACAAGAUCAUUGUGAAAAGAGUCCAAAUCAAGAUGACAUACCAUUAACUUGGUAAGUGCAAAAUAGUCAAAAUGCUUGAGUCACAUGACAAAGUUUGACGAAUUAAGUGAUGGUAAUCAUAUGACAUAAUAUUUUGAGAAAUCAAAAUCAUUCUAACACAGUAUGAUGUUAAAGCUAGAUUUUUGUGUUUUAAUUAGUUUUAUUAUUUUAUUUUAUUUUAUUAACUUGUAGAAUAAAUAUAGGAUAUAUUGUAAUUUUAAAAGUUUGAAGUUAAAAUACUCAGCAUAAUUUUUUAUUAUUAAAAAAAAAUCUUUUGCCCACUAGCAAGCCGGCACUUGACAGCUCACUUGGAGGGGCACUACGAUCGAGUGGGUAGACCCAAACCAGGGGAGCCACGAGCUGCACUCAAAUGGCAAAAGCCUCACUCCACGCAAAUGUGUGUCAUUCCCCUUCCACCUCCUGAUGAUCGACCAAUCGUGGGGCAAGGAGCAUCUGUAUACACAUGCGCGCAUGAGGGCAAACCACCUUUUUGCCUUCUCCUAUGAUGGUCCUAGACAUUAUUUUAUUUUGGGAGAAGGGAUCUUUGUUGAGAAAGCGUAGCUUUGCUUUAUAUUCGGCACAUGCGUCUGAAAUAUAUCUAAUGUGGGACUAAAAAUUUUCAUUUGUUUCUGUGCAGCCAUCUAGAGCGGAGUGUGAUCUAACAGUACGCAGAGAGCCACGUCAUUAGAUUACCUAAAUCCUAUGGCUAGCGAACCCCCACGAUACUAGAUGUGUAAAGUGAUCCAUCAGCGGUUCGUGAAUCUGACGCCACUUAGUAUUCACGUGGCCUUAAAGGCUGAUCCAAUGGCUAAGGAGUCGUCAUAGUACUAGGAACUUAAGUUCCCAGUCUGUAGUGAUUCACGGUGGGUUGAUCUUGCAUUGCUUAGCACUCCACAUGACCAAGCAGAUAUGAUCCAGCGGCUCUCAAAGUGCCACGAUAUUGAGAACUUAAGUUCUCGCACAUAUCACCAUUAGAGAUAUAAAGACAAUAAUUGAUUAUUGACGUGACUCAGUCGUUGUAUAUUAAAUCACGCAAAUAUAAAACUAGAAAAUACGAAUUUUCAGAUAUUUAGAAGUAUUUCUGAAUAAAUAUAUCAAUUAUAAUUCAAUAAAACUUCCAAAAAUAGCGCUAAUUUUUCAGGUCGAUCACAGGGAUGUAAUAUAAUAUCUAGUAAUUAUUCAGAAAUUUUCUCAAUGAAUACGAUUUUCUAUGACUUUUAUACUAGGAAAUGAAAAGGAAAUAUAUUUAAAAUUCACGAAAAAAGGAAAUAAGGGUGCGGACGUCAAGAUGACGUCAGCGCCCGGUGAACGCGAAUUGGGUGGAAACAUAGUUCUACCCGGCUAUUCUUUCGUAAGCGAUUACAGACGAUUUAAUUAAUCAAAUUAAGAUCUGUGAAAGUCGGAAGAAUCGUAAUUAAACAAAGUAUAUUUUGAUAAAUUAAAAACACAAAAAUUAAUCACUAAAUGAAGCGUAAAGUAAGUUUGAAAGCAGGAAAAUAGAGUUCCGACGUCGCGACAACGAUGCGUUGGCGAUGCACUGGAAUCUUGAGCGUUCGGGAGGAUCGUCGUGUAGUGUCCACGGCCUCGAAGGCUCUCUUUGGACAAAGACGACGUGGGCAAUCUCUAGAUCUUCUCGCGAAGUCUAAAAAUUAAUGAAAUGGGUCGCCGAGUCGUCUCUGGUGGCUGUCACCCGGCGGAGCGGAAAAACGGCGACUUUGCGGCUCUCCGGCGACUGUCACCUGACGGAGAGGAGCUGGAUGGAGGUGGGGCGCGUGUCAGGGAGCUUCAUCCUCAGGUCCGCGCAGCAAGAGGAGGCUCUUCAUCGCAUCUGGUACGCUCUCAGGAGGUGGCGACUCGUCUCCCGGCGGAUCGUCCUCUUCCCGAUGACGGCUUGUUCGUCAAUCAAUCGGAGAUGAUUUACUCGAUGGAUUCGCGAUCCUUUUAUCGUGAAUCGUUCAGCAAUUUUAGUAGCAAUGCUCCGCGAAUCGCGUUGACGAGAUUUUCGCCGAUGAUCCAGCGAUUGUUGCUUAAUCCUUCACCGGCGAUCUAUAGGAAAGUUGCGAUAAUCAGAUAAAAAUAUAUGAAUUUUGACUCUGGGAGGAUUCGAACCCGCGCCGGUUGUCCGCCCCCUUCUGAGGAAGGUGUGAUGCAGGUUUAGUCCCACAUCGGUUGUGCGCCGAUUUUUCGAGCGAAUAUAUAGUAAUGUUAGCUUUAUAAACAAAGUUCCUUCUCUCGCGUGUACGACCACUCCUUGCCCCACAGUCGGCUGGCCACCGGUGACGUGGAAGGGGAGUGGCGCACACGUGCCCCUAUUGGUCCAAGCUGCUCGAGCCCCUGCUCGCGGCUACUCUCUGACUGAGCUUCCAACCCGCUUGCGGGCCUGGCUGGCCAGCGGGUCCCCCCCUCAUUUUGUCUUAUUUUUAUUUCUUUUUCUUCAUUUAUCUCAAAAGCAAGACUGUAAAAAUCAUAUAAAUUCAUGUAAAAUCACAUAAUUACCUAAAAAUUCACAUUAAUCAACUAAAAACCACUUUUCACACUUUAACACAAAUAUAAGUCUAUUUAUCAUGAGUUAAGGCUAAAACUAUAUUAUUUACUAUUUAUUAACUCAUGAUAAUGAAGACUUAUCACACCCCCCAACUUAAAUCAUUGCUAGUCCCUUAGCAAUGGAAUUACGAAAAUAAAAAUUUACAAAUCUCAAACAUCAUAUUUCAAUACAUGAAAGAAAAAAAUACAAUUAUAAAUGAUGCACCUUUAGACACUUUGGAUUCUUAUAUCAAGUAUUUAAGAAUGAUGUCAAGCACUUAAAUGUUUAAACACUCUUUGGAAUAAUAAUCUAGACUUCACUUCUUCUAUUCACAUCUUUAUCACUUCUUCACUCAUAGAUGUAUUUACAAGAUGUUCCAAUUAUCAAUACUCAUCCAAGAAUAAUAUUGAUCCUACAUUUUCCUUUUUCUAUGGCUUGAUUUUUGAAGUUUGCACUAUAUUUCUUCUUUCUUUAUAUAUAGUGGAUAAGGAGCUUUUCCCGUAGACAAAUUUCGACAAUAAGAAUGAUGUCUGACACCCUUCAUGUGUACUCUUCAUUUUCAGGGCUUUCACUUUAUUCACUUAUUUUGCAGCAAGUGUUUUUCUAUACACGAUUUUCGACAAUGAGAAUGAUGUCUCACACCCUCCAUGUGUACUCUUCGUUUCUAGAUUUUUCACAUUGCUCUCUCUUUUUUUUUCUUUUUUUUUUUCGAAAUAAGUGAUUUCUAUUCACAAGUCCUAUAGAUCAGGGUGCAAAAAUCUCCAUUAAACUCAAAUGAUCAAUCAAAUUUUGACAUCAAGUAAAUACUAUCCAUCAAGAUCAUGAAGUGAAAAUCUGUAAAAUCAAAUCCAUGUUAUCUAUCAUGUAUCCAAGGAGUAUUCCAACAUUUCAUGCUACUAGAUCACUCUUUUGACUCAAUAAUAAUCUUCCUAGUAUCUUUUGGUAUCAAUCAAUCUAAUUGAUUUAAUUUUUCAUGCAUGCAAUAUGAUGUAAGAGAUUUGUAAAUUAGAUAGUUCUGAUAGUUCUGUUUUCUAUUUUCAGUUCUAUUUUAGCAGCAAUAAAUUUGUCAAAAAUAAAUCAAAACUAUCUUCUUUAUAGCUGUAAUUUCGAAUUUCAGUAAUAUAUGUCUAGGGGAUUGAAAUGUGAGAAAAGGGUCUCUAUAAUUUCAAAUUUCGGGUUGUUUUUUCGUCUGCUGUUUUUGACAAUCUGUUGUUCCUGAUAGAAAACCAGAAAAUAGAUGUUGCAGUUUUUCUGAUUUUUUUUUUAUUGUUAUUUUUAGUUGUUAUUCUAAGUUGAAUAAAAUGCAAACACAUGUUCUUAAUCGUCUUACAGCAUAAAUUAAUAAUGAAUACUUCACCCCCCAACUUAAAUGACAUUGUCCUCAAUGACACAGAAAAAUCGAAACAGAAUAUGCAGAAAAUAGAAUUUUCACGUGAAGGAUGCAUAUAUGCAAAGUUAAGCAUUAAAAAUGUUGUCAUAAAUGAUAAAGCUCAGAAAGACAUCACCUCAACCUCGUUUUUAAUUUUCCACUUCAUCUUACACUCCUCCUCCUGCACUUUUUCGAAAAAAUAAAUACAAAAACAAGUACUUCGAAAUUCUAAGAAAAGCAGAGCUUAAAAAAAAUCAAACAGAAUGAAAUAAAAACCAUGGGUUGCCUCCCAUGCAGCGCUGAAUUUAAUGUCUCCAGCUGGAUGCUUGAUCUUACUCUUGAAUUUCUUUUAAUAAUAAAAUUUCUUUUUCUGCAAGGCGUUCAUGUUCUAUGUAAUGUUUAAGCCGCUGUCCAUUUACCUUAAAGUUAUGAUCACUUUUAGGAUCUUUAAUCAUUACAGCCCCAUGAUCAUAUGUCUCUUCCACCACAUAAGGCCCUUUCCAUUUUGAUUUUAAUUUUCCUAGGAAUAAUUUCAGCCUAGAAUCAUAUAACCACACUUUUUGUCCAACAUCAAAUUUUUUUCUGCUAAUAUAUUUAUCAUGAAAAGUUUUAGUUUUUUCUUUAUAUAUUCUAUGUUUUUCAUAAGCUUCAUUCCUCAACUCCUCUAGUUCAUGUAGUUGAAAAAUUCUAUGCCCACCAGCUGAUUUUUCAUCCAUACAUAAAAUUUUUAUAGCCCAUAAUGCUUUAUGCUCUAUUUCCACAGGAAGAUGACAUGGCUUUCCAAAAAUGAGACGAAAUGGGGACAUACCUAUGGGAUUUUUAUAAGUUGUUCUAUAAGCCCAUAAUGCAUCUUGUAAUUUCGUGGGCCAAUCUUUCCUAUCUGGUCUCCCUAUUUUUCUCAAAAUUCUCUAAAUUUCUCUAUUUGCUACUUCAGCUUGCCCAUUUGUUUGGGGAUGAUAUGGAGUGGCUACUCUAUGGUGUACUCCAUUCUUUUUCAACAGUUCCUUGAAAUGUUUAUUUGUAAAAUGUGUUCCUCCAUCACUAAUAAUCACUCUAGGACAUCCAAAUCUCGAAAUAAUAUUUUCCUGCAUAUUCUAUUUCGAUUUUUUUGUGUCAUUGAGGACAAUGUCAUUUUUAAGUUAGGGGGUGAAGUAUUCAUUAUUAUUUUUUUAGUAAAAUAGAUAUUAUCGAUAAUCUUUAAAAUCCCAACAACAAUUGUGAAUACAGAAUCCAUUCUUCAAUCUUUUUGCACAAUCAAUGUCUCUGGUGAUCGGCAAGCUCAUUCCUUCCUCCCCUGACUACAUUCAAGGCCUCCAGCGAGUGGUCAGUGCUUCCCUUCUCCCCUUAGACGACAAUGACAGUGUGGUUGACCCCUCUUUUGACGAAUCUCUCUGACAAGUGAUUUAGUGCUUCCAGACGAUACUUCUGUGACUUCCGGCAUGGUGUGACACGUUUGGACAAAAAUAAGCCACCACACUAGUGUCUCCAAUUACCUAGGAGGUAGACUAAACUUGGGCAAUGAUUUACUUCCUACUUUCAACAUUUACUUAUCUGCUUUUGUCAUUUAUUUAUAUUUUACAACAAGUUCUUUCCAUUUCAUGUACGUUUCGAUUGAAAUGAGUAGAACUAAUUUAAAACUUGAUGAAUGAUCUUUGUUCUUCUUCUGAAUCCUCCGAAACUUGUCUAGGAUCAAGCUAAGAUUUUUUUAACUUAUUUUCUAUUGAUUUUUAGAGUCGAAUCUCGACAUAUUCACGUUCCUAGUGUUCUGCAAAUAACGAGUAUUUUUAUAUUUUUGAACGUAAAAUCACCGAGAUUAAAGGUGGAUUAAUGAGCAUUUAAUGGUUAAAACAAGCUGGAGACAUUCACAGCUGAUCUCAUGUCAUGUGUAUAAAUCCUCGAGCACACAUUCGUUUGAGAAAAUGAGUUGACUAUAUUUCUCUCUUUCUUCAUUUUUGUCUUAUCUCUUUCUCUUCCUUUCGCAAGAGAUCUCAUCCCUUCUCUUUCUCGUGAGAGCUUUCUCUCCUCCUCUCUCUUUCUCUCCUUUUGCAAGAGAUCUCAUCCCUUCUCUUGCUCAUGAGAGCUUUCUCUCCUCCUCUCUCUCUCUCCUUUUCACAAGGGAUCUCAUCCCUUCUCUCACUCGUGAGAGCUCUCUCUUCUCUCUCUCUUCUCUCUCUCUUCUCUCUCUCUUUUCCUCCUUUCUUUUCUCCACCUUCUUUCUAUUAUUCUUCUCACCUCACCCCUUCUAUUUUAUUAUUUCUAUUAAAUAUUAAUAAAAUACUAAAAUCGUUUUAUACAUAAAUUAAAUUUGUUUGCACAACAGAUUAAUCAAUCUCUCUAUGUUCGACCUAAGACUUACUUCCAUACUAGUAUUUUAUUAAGUCUUAGUUAUAAAUAUUAUUAAAUAGUGUGUAUUUAAACACAAUGAUAAGUGCAAACCACAUUACCUCGUGACAUUUGUCAAAGUCAUAUCUUUUAGUGUUAUGUAGUAAAGUUUGACUACUUAAGGGCAACAAUUAGUAAAAGAAUCAAUGAACACAUGACAAAUUGCAAGAUUAUUGACAACAUGACAAUUCUCCUUGCUAACAUGUCAUUUUUAUAAGAUAAGUGAUGCAUAAUUAUCAUAUUUGAUACAUUAACUCAUUCUAAAUAACAUAUAUUUAUAUGUGAACAAGUAAAACAUAUUUUAGUUUAGCUGUAUGAAAUACAUGCUUAAUGUACAAAUUUUGUAUAUUUUUAGACCAUGCUUAUACUUUAAAUAUUCCUUGAUUAUAUCUUAAUAUGGCUUAACAUUCCUCUAAAUAAAAAAAUGACAAGAAUAGAGAAUAUGUAACAAGGCAGUAGGACCAACAUAUAACAUAAAUGUAAACCAAUUGACACAACUAGCAUAUCUAACAAGGACAAAAAAUCUUAACACAUGAGAAGAUCAAUGACACAUCAAAAGAUCAUGUACUAAGACAUGUAAUAUUGACUUUGUCAAAACUUGAUAAAAAUGUCAACCUAGAGUAGGAUGAUUGCACAAUCUACUAAUAGGUUAGUAUUUGUUGACCUAGAAAUUUUUUAACCAAUCAUAUUUAGUCAUUUGAAUUCCUAUUAGAAGUUGGAUAUAUAAAAACCCCUCAAACAAUCUUUUAGGCAACAUCUGAAUGAUGAAAAUAUUCCAUCAUAUCAAUCUCCAAAUACUAGUGAGAUGUUCUCAAUACAACCUUUUAUAUGCUCAAAUCUUUGUCCAUAUCUUUGGCCAUACAUCCUUAAGAAAAUUACCAUUUCAACCAUCCUCAGAUUUUUGAAGUUCUGAAAUUAAUUAUAUAUGUGAAGCAUCUAAGGGUUCCUUGUAAUGUGAAAAUAUAAGUAAUCUAGAAACUUGGGGUUAACAUGGGAUAAUAGUUGAUAAGUCUUCAUUAUCAUGAGUUAAUAAUUAGUAAAUAAUAUAGUUUUAGCCUUAACUCAUGAUAAGUAGAUUUAUCUUUGUGUUAAAUUGUGAAAAAUAGUUUUUAGUUGAUUAAUGUAAUUUUUGGCUAAUUAUGUGAUUUUAUAUGAAUUUAUAUAAUUUUUAUAGUCUUAUUUUUGAGAUAAAUGAAGAAAAAGAAAAUAACAUAAAAAAUAGAAAAAGGGGGGGACCCGCCAGUCAGUCGGGCCCACAAGUGGGUCAGAAGUGCAGUUGGGGGGAGCCACAAGCAAGGGCUCGAUUGGCUAUGGACCAAUGGGGGUAUGUGUGCGCCACUCCCCUUCCACGUCACAUCACCAAUGGCCAACCAACUGUGGGGUGACGUGACUCAGUCGUUGUAUAUUAAAUCACGUAAAUAUAAAAUAUAUAAAACUAGAAAAUACGAAUUUUCGGAUAUUUAGAAGUAUUUAUGAAUAAAUAUAUCACUUAUAAUUCAAUAAAACUUCCAAAAAUAGCGGUAAUUUUCCAGGUCGAUCACAGGGAUGUAAUAUAAUAUCUCGUAAUUAUUCAGAAUUUUUCUCAAUGAAUACGAUUUUCUAUGAAUUUUAUACUAGGAAAUAAAAAGGAAAUAUAUUUAAAAUUCACGAAAAAGGGAAAUAAGGGUGCGAACGUCAGGAUGACGUCAGCGCCCGGCGAACGCGAAUCAGGCGGAAACAGAGUUCCACCCGGCGAUUCUUUCGUAAGUGAUUACAAACAAUUUAAUUAAUCAAAUUAAGAUCUGUAAAAGCCGAAAGAAUCGUAAUUAAAUAAAGUAUAUUUUGGUAAAUUAAAAACACAAAAAUUAAUCACUAAAUGAAGCAUAAAGUAAGUUUGAAAGCAGGAAAACAGAGUUCCGGCGUCGCAACGGCGAUGCAUUGGCAAUGCACUAGAAUCCUGAGCAUUCGGGAGGAUCGUCGUGUAGUGUCCACGGCCUCGAAGGCUCUCCUUGGACAAAGACGACGUGGGCAAUCUCUAGAUCUUCUUGCGAAGUCUAGAGAUCAAUGAAGUGGGUCGUCGAAUUGUCUCCGGCAGCUGUCACCCGGCAGAGCAGAAAAACGGCGACUUUGCAGCUCUUUGGCGGCUGUCACCUGACGGAGAGGAGCUGGAUGGAGGUGGGGCGCGUGUCAAGGAGCUUUAUCCUCAGGUCCGCGCAACAAGAGGAGGCUCUUCAUCGUAUCUGGUACGCUCUCAAGAGGUGGCGACUCGUCUCCUAG